UCUUCCCACAACUGUACUCUCCUCUCUCCUUUCUCUCUCUCUCUCUCCUUCAUGUGCUACGGGACACAUCUCUCUAAUACAGUCCCUCCAAAUUAAAACUCUCACUCCCCUGACUCCUCUCUCUGUGUUCGUCUCGAUCUCUCCCACUCAUCUGAUCUCAAGCUCUUUUCCAUGGUUCCUCUCCCACAAUCAUGGCUCUCUUCCGCUUCUCCCUCCCACGGUGGAUUGGACGGCUGGGGCUGCAGAAGCAGAGCGGUAGUGACGAUAUCGCGGAGAGUGACAGCAGCGGAGGAGACGACAGUACCAACCCGGUGGUCUUCAACUCCAUCGAGUGCUACGCCUGCACCCAAGUAGGCGUCCCCGUCUUUCACUCCACCAGCUGGGACGGCGCCCACCAGCCUGAAUGGGAGGCCUCCGCCGGCUCCUCCCUCGUCCCCAUCCAGAACCGGAAGCGCUCCGGGGGUUCCGGAUCCUGUACCGGCCGCAGGCCCAGCUCCGGGCCCUUCGGCGGCGUCCUCGACCCCCGCAGCAAGCGCGUGCAGAGGUGGAACCGCGGGUUCCUCCUCGCCCGGGGGAUGGCCCUUGCCAUCGACCCGCUCUUCUUCUACGCGCUCUCUAUCGGUAGGGGCGGCGUCCCCUGCCUCUACAUGGACGGCGGGCUUGCAGCCAUCGUGACGGUGCUCCGGACUUGCGUCGACGCCGUCCACCUCUUCCACCUGUGGCUCCAGUUCAGGCUGGCCUAUGUGUCCAGGGAGUCGCUUGUGGUGGGCUGCGGGAAGCUCGUGUGGGACCCAUUGGCCAUCGCCUCUCACUACGUCCGCUCCCUCAAGGGGUUCUGGUUCGACGUCUUCGUCAUCCUUCCGGUGCCACAGGCUGUGUUCUGGUUAAUAGUACCGAAACUGAUCAGAGAAGAGCAGAUUAAGCUGAUAAUGACGAUACUCCUAUUAAUCUUCUUGUUCCAGUUCCUGCCUAAGGUCUACCACAGCAUUUGCCUAAUGAGGAGAAUGCAAAAGGUCACAGGCUAUAUAUUCGGCACCAUUUGGUGGGGUUUCGGCUUGAACCUUAUCGCCUACUUCAUCGCUUCACAUGUUGCCGGCGGGUGCUGGUACGUGCUUGCUAUACAACGAGUCGCUGCGUGUCUGAGGCAGCAGUGUGAGAGAAGCGGUACCUGUAAUCUCUCCCUUUCUUGCUCGGAAGAGGUAUGUUACCAGCUUCGUUUACCAGCAGGCAUCAUGGGGAACCCAUGUGGUAGCAACUCCACUGCAAAAGUUAUUAGAAGGCCUUUGUGUUUAGAUGUGAACGGGCCAUUCAAUUAUGGUAUCUAUCAGUGGGCUCUUCCCGUUAUUUCUAGCAACUCCAUUGCUGUCAAGAUCCUUUAUCCCAUAUUUUGGGGCCUGAUGACUCUCAGCACCUUCGGGAAUGAUCUCGAACCUACAAGUCACUGGAUGGAGGUGGUCUUCAGCAUAUGUAUCGUUCUGAGCGGUCUCCUUCUAUUCACUCUAUUGAUUGGAAAUAUUCAGGUAUUUCUCCAUGCUGUGAUGGCGAAGAAGAGGAAGAUGCAGCUGAGGUGCCGGGAUAUGGAGUGGUGGAUGAGGAGGAGGCAGCUGCCCUCCCGUCUAAGGCAGAGAGUGCGCCACUUUGAGCGGCAGAGGUGGGCAGCGAUGGGUGGCGAAGAUGAGAUGGAGUUGAUCAAAGACUUGCCCGAGGGGCUUCGAAGAGACAUCAAAAGAUAUCUUUGCUUAGACCUCAUCAAGCAGGUGCCGCUGUUCCACAAUUUGGAUGAUCUUAUUCUCGACAACAUAUGCGACCGAGUUAAGCCCCUCGUCUUCUCGAAAGACGAAAAGAUAAUCAGGGAAGGAGAUCCUGUGCAGAGAAUGGUGUUCGUAGUCCGCGGACGAGUUAAACGGAGCCAAGGACUAAGCAAGGGCAUGGUGGCCACGAGCAUGCUCGAAUCGGGAGGCUUCCUAGGCGACGAGCUUCUCUCUUGGUGCCUCCGCCGCCCGUUCAUAGACAGGCUCCCUGCAUCUUCGGCAACGUUCGUGUGCAUGGAAUCAAUCGAAGCGUUUGGACUCGAUGCCAACCACCUGCGCUAUAUCACCGAUCACUUCCGAUACAAGUUUGCCAAUGAGAGGCUCAAGAGGACCGCAAGGUACUAUUCCUCCAACUGGCGGACUUGGGCAGCUGUGAACAUCCAAUUCGCGUGGCGGCGUUACUGGACAAGGACCCGGGGGCAUGCGGUCUCCCCAGUGAGCAGUAGCGGUGACGCGGGCAACAGUAGUGAGCGGCGGCUACUCCAAUACGCAGCAAUGUUCAUGUCGAUUCGCCCGCACGACCACCUCGAAUAAAAAGGCCAUAGCUCGGUCGGAUUAAUUUUUGAUUUAUUCUGUUUUGGAUAUGUCGCAUCAUUCCGGUUCAUUCUUACGAGGUGGUCCAUGUUGUGACUUGUCAAUAAUAAUGUCUUUAUUCAAAUAAACUAAAUUAAGAUUGAGUCCGUUGAUUCAUCAUAAUUUCGCAAAAAGAUAUGAACUUUUAUGUUGUCUUCACAA